CACUCGCAGGCGCUACGGGGCAGGUCGCUUGAUACGGCAGCAUACGCGGCGUAUACGUAACGUGGAAAAGGACAGGAUUUUCUCGUGCAUCGAGUGAAGUUCUUCCUCCUGCUUUCCCAUACCCCUACAAUAUUCCUUAGGGACUUAAUAAAAUACAACUUUAUCGGAAAAGCCAUUUGCACCAAGGUUUGCAAUCAUCGAACUCCCUUUUCAGAAUGCAAAAUUGAUUGCAGCGCAUCAGCAGCAAUUUAGCAAACAGAUAACAGCAUGCGAAGGAAAAAGAAAAGUGUAAUGAUAGCACCAAGGAACCCAAUCCGACUUUAGUGCCAAUUGUGCCGUGCGAAAUGCUGUUAGUGCCGCGUUGUUGUUCGUGUCCAUGUUGUGAUUACAUAAUGGGACGCUGCUGAAAGUCAAAGUCCAAGUAGAAGUCCCAAGUGUAUGAAAGCCAGGCGGCAGCCAUAUCUCAACUCGCCGCAACUAACUCAGCCGAAGUAGAAGGCGAGGCAAAAGGACCAGCCCAUCUCCAUCUGCAGGACUCCGAGGAGCGAGGAUGCCCUUCGGCCGCAAGUCCCCGCUGGAGGCACUGGCCCUUCCCGGCGUCAUGCUCGCCUACAAGUACAGCCAGUUCCGCCAGCGCCGCCGGGAGGCCGCCAGCCGACGGGUCACCGAGCGCGAACUCUCGGCGCUGCACCAUAAAAUCGACAAACUACUGAGCAAACUGGAGGAGGAGAGCGAACCGGAUCCUCCAACCUCUCAAGAGGACGAAUGUGUGAUCUGCAUCAAUGCCCGGGCCACCAUGCAGACCUCUCCAUGUGGCCACCGCGUCGUCUGCCGCCGCUGCUUUGUGAAGACCAUCCAGAGUGCGGUGGCCCAGCGCCUGUUGCCCCUGCGCUGCGUCAUUUGCCGAGCCCGGGUUAAUCGUCUGACCUCGUCCUCUGGCACUUGGCGGAUCCAGGAGUCGGCCAGCAGCUACUCGAUGGGCGCCAAGAGUUGGGCCUCCGCCGGAGUGGCCGCCGGCGGGGUGGUACCCUCGGCCAGCUCCUACUCGAUGAACGAUGCGCAUAGCGGGCACCACUCGUUCCACCAGCCCACGCUGCACAAGUCGGCGGUGGGGCGGCAUCACCCGCAUCAUUACGCCGCCCGAGGAUCAGCACAUGCCCGAGUCUCCCAGUCGGACAGCCUGUACUCGAUGAGCUCGACGGGAUCGGCGGCUUCAUCGGCCUCCGGCUAUUCGCACUACUCCAAGACGUCUUCCAUAUCGAGCAACGGUCCGUGCUCACCGGCCUCGCCAGCCGUGGCUUCCAGUUCCAAUCACCUGGCUCCGCCAUCGCCCACCACCCACCAUCACACACACAGCCUGGCCUCACCCACUCCAUCGGGAUCCUCGGGCAGUUCCCUCUCACCGCGGGAAAACGGAGCUUCGCAUUCGCAUCAUGGUGGUUGUCCCAUUGGUUGCUCCGGUGCCGUGCCCAGGAAACCGCUUCACACGCUCACCAACAGCUCCUCCACGCCCAUCUCCGGUUCAUCCUCGAGCGGAAGUGGGGGAGGACGAGUGGUCGGAAACGGAAGUGUAGCCAGUGGAAUGAUGACGCCUACGCACACGUAUCCUGGUCGAAGGCAUGUGAAGAACCGACUGAUGGACAUCCAGAACCGCCUGCCGCCGAUCAAGGAGUUCCGCAGUCCGGCCAAAGUGCCGCAUCCUUCGCCCGUGCACGUUAGCAAUCCAAGAUUUCGUUACUCCACUUAUACAAAGUCCAGUGCCCAUGAACUGGCUCCAUUGCUGCGUGAAUCCGGAUCGUCGCCUCCACCACGUCGCCCCAGUCCAAUGAACAUUCAGCUGAGCUGCUCCGCACUGGCCCCGCCCCCUUUAAAGGCGGGCGGGGCAAAGAUCUGCCCACUGACCUCAAAGAACUCGCUGCCGAAAAACGCUUACGUGAUGCCCAAGGACAAGAAGCCGCCAGCUUCUGUUCCGCAGGGAAAAACCACUGGUACUGCCUCCAAGUCGACUCCACAAGGAGCAGGCUGCUCGAGGGCCUCAGCCGGAUGCUCUGCCACCAAUUCAGGAUCAACUGGAGCUGGAUCGGCUAGUAAUCCCAAGCCCUCGUCAAGCUCUUCCAGUCGCAGUUUUCCGCUUUUCUCCGCCGCCAGCAAUCAGAGAGAGAAGGCUGACAAUAAGAAGAACGAGUCCGUUGAGCGCAAGAAAAAGGAGGAAAAGCUCAAGCUGAAGGCUGAGAAGGAAGCCAGAAAGGAGGAAAAGCGACUGGCCAAGGAGGAGGAGCGUCUGGCCAAGCUGCACGCCAAGGAGGAGAAGAAACGGGGCAAGAAGGAGGCCAAGGAGCUGCUGUUGGCCAAUGAUGGGAACAGCAAGAAGUGAGGGAGGGCACCCAAUUAGCCAGCAAAAACGCAUAUUUCCAGUUGCAAUUCUAGCCAUAUAAGACCAUCACCAAGUACCCGUGUAACCGUACUACAAGUAUAUCAAACCAGAUAGGAUCGGAUGGAAUCAGACCUCAACACCUCAUCUCACACACCUCAACACCCCCAUCAACACCUCCACACCCCAACAUUUUCCAUCAUUUUGUACUCUAAAUAGAACAUAGAAAAGCCA